GACUAUUGAUAAAUAAAAAAUAUUGAUUUAUAUUAUUUUGUACUCCAACUUUGAUUGUCUAGCACUUGGCGAUCGUACGUAUUCUCACUGUGUUAUUAACUGACUUACCCGUGUUUGCUUUUUGAAUUUGUUGUGUACCUUAAAGUAAAAAUGAAUACAUGUAAGACAUGCAAUAAAUCUUUCACAAAAAAACAAAUGGAAGAUCAUUUGGCAUCCAACAGUCAUAUAAGUAUGGUUAAAAAAAUGUUUUGUCAUUUUUGUAGUCUUCAGUUCAGGUCAGCGUCUGAAUACAGUAUUCACCAAACAGAAUCCACGCAACAUCAAAUCAAAAUCAUUGAAAGAAAAACAGAUCAUCCUCUGUUCAAGAUCAAGCCUGAUAACCUGAUUGAAGAAGUAGACCUAGAAUUAAAAAAAAUAGCUUAUUACUUAUAUUAUUCAAGUGCAUUUCCAUACGAAGUCAGUUUGGAGUAUCUAAAAUGUUAUCACAAGAAAAUUAGUUCGAAAAACAACUGGGGGCACAUCGAAGUUGGUAUUCUUAUUAGCUCUCUACUACGCAUCUUCAGAGAAGACCUAAAAAAUUUAAAAAGCGAUGAGGGUGCGAACCGAACUAGGAUUGAACUUUUGACUAAAAUAGUAGCUUUCACAGUUCUAAUUCGAAAAAUGUGUUAUAAUGCAAAGGAGGAAGAUUGGAUUCGUGAAAAUCUUCUGAAGGCUGUAACAACCUGGAACAAACAUUUAGAUGAGGUUAUCCAAGAGAAUGGUUUAGUAUAGUCUGUAUUUCUCGACAAAUAGUUUAUUUGUCUCGAAAAAUAAUAUAAUAUCUAUAUAGUAUGUCAAAUAUUUUAUUUCUAUUCUAAAAAAAUACUUGGACGAAUAAUAUUUAUUGUGUAAAAAAUGAAUUAGCCAUUUUAAUGUUCCAAACAUAUCAGAAAUUAUCAGAUACUUAAAUAUAAUUAAGAUAUACAAGGUUUCUAAUUGCGUUUAGAUUUAUUUAUAAUUAAGUAUAUUGAAGUGUAUGUACCGGGUGGCCAACUAAGAAUGGAUGCCGGCUGUA